AUUCCUAUCAAGUUUGCGGUAGAGAAUUUGAGGGAGUCUAAGAUUUGGGGAGCUAUUAUUGGUAUAGGUGGGAAAUCUGUGAGGUUAAGGAAUAUGUUGGUGAAGGGGUUUAGGUGUGUGGUAGAGGAUAGAAGUCAGGUGGGUUUUUGGAGACAUAUUUGGGUAGGAGAUAGAUCUUUAAGGGAUUUAUGUCCUAGGCUAUUUCAGUUAGCUGUUAAUAAGGAAGGAGUGGUAAGGGAGAUGGGGAAAUGGGGAAAUGGGAGGGGGCAAGGUGGCGGUGGCAUAUGGAGUGGCGAAGGGGGAGAAUGGGACGUGGAUAGGAUGAGGGAAUGUUGUGGGUGGUGCUGGGUAGGAUAUAGAUUAAGGAAGGCAUGGAGGAUUCCUAACAGUGGCUGUAUGAUUUGGAAGGUAGAUAUAUGGUGAAGAGAGCUUAUGAUUUUUUAGCUCCUAUAGAGUGUUUGCUUGAAAUCCAGUUUUGCAAACUGAUUUGGUGUAGGUUAGUGGCUUCCAAAAGUGGGUUUUUUUGAGUGGAGGUUGUGUCUUGUUCCAACAAGAUGGAAUUUGUAGAAAAGAGGGGUGGUUUUGUAGGGGAACGGAAUGAGGUGUGAUUUGUGUAAAGAGGGGGUGGAGGACGUCAACCUACAUGUAAAGAAGCUCGGUUAGUGUGGGCUAAGGUGCUUCAUUGGUGGGGUUUGGAGGUGGAGAUGCCAGAUACAGUGAGGGAGUUGGUAGAUUUUUUUAUGGGUAAUUUGGGUAUGUUGGUUGGAAAGGAGAUGAGUGCAUGUAUUUUUUGUGGUUGUGUCUUAGUUUUUAUGGUAUUGGAGGAAUGCUAUUGUGUUUCGGAGUAAUGGGGAUUUUCGAGAGCAAUUGUAGGAUAUGGUUCAAGCUAAGGGUAUGUUUAAAAUUGUGAUUGGAGGUUUUUUUAUAUAGUCAUAUAACACAUUUAGAUGUGUAUUUGGUAAAUUUUUUUCAAAUUGUGUUUUUUUUUUUUUAAACCGUAGAAAAUCAUAAUACAUUUAUAGUAAUUUU